AUGGCCGACCUACGACCCAUCAAUCAGCCAGAGGGACCUCUAGGGGUUUUCUCUGGUGAAAGCUCUUCAAAUCAAGCCUUAAACGAGCCAAAACCACCGGAUAUUGACCGAAAUCCACACGACCAUGUCGCACCCCCUGAUCUGAUGGACCUCGAUGGCGAGUCCACAGAUGCCGAUGAAAACGGCGAUUUAGAGCCAUCUUUCGAGACAGCAUUGUCAACUACUUCCGAGGAACCAGCCCAACUACGGGAUAAUCCCAUGGACGGACUGGUUAGUCAGAACCAGACCCAAUUAAGCUCCACUAUGGACAGUUUUGAAACUUCGGUUUCGAAAAAUUUUCACGAUCACGUGAUCGGACAGGUACACGACCAGGAAAUGGCUGCAAAUGAUGAAAAUGAAAUGGUUUCCACUUCUUUAGAAUCUACCAGCAGAUCAACUGAUUUACCAGAACAAGAAGACUCUCUUCUUAUUCACCAUCAACAUGAAAACGCCAAAACCCAAAAAAACAAAGAAAAUUUACAAAACUCCCAAAAAAAUACAGGAAACUUACAAAACUCAAAAAAAAACUCAAAAAACUCAAAAAAUUCAAAAACAACUCAACCAAAUGUUGAUCAGAUCUUCCCUAUCUUAGGAACUGCCAGCAAAUCAGCCAAAACAGGUUUACGUACCUUCAAUAUUGCCAAACAAGUACCAAUCCCAAUACUCAAUCCAAAAAAUGGCCCAUCUGCUAGCCAACUCCAAAAGGUAAUUGUGGACAGAGACUCCUCACCUAUUCUUCAAGACGCAAAAACUAGACGUAAGCAAUUGACCGAACUACACGAAACUACCGGUCACCUUUCAGAAGAACAAUACCGUCAAUUAGCAAACACCUACUAUCUCCAAAAAUAUGCCAACUCCCUUUCAGAUCUCAAUUGGGCGGGACAAGAAGAAAGACUUAAGGCAUGGAAUGUGCCCCAAGAUUUCUGCCUUACCGCACUCGGUGAGAUUGCUCGAAAUUCAAACGAGAAAAGAUACGUACGUCUUCAAAUAGACGCUUUCUAUAACAAAAAUGACCAUCUCGACCAAAGGCAUUCAAUGCGGGCCGAGGAAAUGGCCAAAAUAAUUGAAAAACACCUUACAGAGACUAUCCCAAACAAAUGGCCCAUGGUCUCCCAAAACAAUAACAAAACUUUAAAUGAACUCCAUAAAUCCUUGGAGUUCUUAAAAAGUCAAUUCGACCCCGGCUCAAAUGACGAAUUUGAAGCCACUAAGGACAUAAAAGACAAAAUGCAGCAAUUGUCUAGAGAAAUAAGUUUCAGCGCUACAAUGAGAGAUGUUAAAGACAAGUUCCAUACAAUUGUAAGAGAUAACACUCAUGUGGAUUUUCGUUUCGGAAGCAUAGUAACUCAGGAUCGGAUCCCAGAACUGGCUCAACAGAAAUCAACACCCAUGACAACUUGGCUUGAAAGAUUUCAACAACUUUUCCACUCACCUUACGUGGGCAGUGAAGACACCUUUGAAUUUCAGCUCAGUCUUGUAAGGCCAAAGCAACUAUCCAACAUGUAUCUAGUUGGCAUAAAAGCUUCGUCGGACUUCCCAGAUCCGCGAGACAUCCUAGACAUCAUGUUCCACACAAAAGAUUUUGAAAUUCCUCAAUACAUCGAUACAUCCUUACCUUCUCGUAAACCCUCGAGACGACAGGACCGAAUCCCGUACGAAAUUCUACAUCAAUUCAUAAGAAAGGCACCAAUCUUAAAUUACACUGACAAAAAAGCAGACUUUACACACGUCCUGUUCUUCUUGAUUGGCAGCAACUCAGACAAUAUUCCCAACAGAAAGAGUAUCUUCUUGGAAAACGUCCAACUUGACAUCAUCUCUUCAUACCAAUUCUGUUUCAGAUGCCACAACAACAAGCACACUACCAAAAGAUGUCCAGUUCCCAAAUCAACCACAUUGUUCCAAAGUCGGCCCUUAACACAAUGGCCCACUAAGGUACCAUCCCCAAACAAACAGAACCAUCCAAUAACCCACACCACGGGUCCCAGAACUACAAAUCAAGACGGGGAUGGCUUUAGUCGACCCACGAAAAGAUCUAGACAAAAGACAACCCCCAGUCCACCAACUAUCCCACAACAACAGAAUAGCUUCGAGGUGCUCCCGAUAGAGGACCUCACAACACAAGAGGUUACAGCAGAGGAGACCGAAGCCACACGCAACCGGCCAAACACUGUUUCAUCUACACCACAAGCACCAUCACGUCACGAAACCCCGAAAGCCAUUAACAAGAACAACGAUAAAGCCCCUGAAAUUUCAACACAAGACGAUGAAAUGGUGUACUACACCGAUGACGAAGAACCCUCGACUAUAAAUGACGAGGACACCCAACUCGCUCCAUCUACAUUGAUUGAGCAACAACAAAAAAAUUCAAAAGUGGAUACCACCCCAAAUACUCCACAAUACACUACUGACAUGCUCCCUCUGAAGCAUGCACCUAAAUCAAAUUCAAGAUCUCAACCGGUAACUCCCUCCCGGCCUACUAGCAUGCUCCCUCUGAAGCAUGCUCCCAUAACUAGUUCCAAAUCUCAACCGGUAACCCCUGCCCGGCUUGGAUCCAAGGUCCUCAAACCUGCGUCAACAGGUAAGAAACCCUGGACACCGACACCCACUCCCAGGACCACGAAUGGCCCUAGUGGGUCCCCCGCAAGGACUCCGACCACGUCAAUACGACUACCUUCUCUCCUAAACAACAGUAGAACAAACUAUAGUGAAUUAAGGGAAUCACAAAUGGGAUCGACCAUUAGUUUUCCUGAGUCUAUGAGGACAUCCAACCUCAACAUCCCCGACUCUUCACUAAUUCUACAAACUCAAAUUGAGGAAGCAACUCAAGUAGAUUCUCCAGGCCAACAACAGGCACCAGGUCACAAUCCAUUAACAGAUGACAACCUGGACCUAAGUAUGGACAUAGAGGACAUCAACGUUCAUUCUGAUAAUACUAAUUAUUAAGAUGUCUAGAUUAGUAAAUUUUCGGAUAACCAACCCGCUGUUAACGGAACACCGGGUAGCAAAUCCAACUAAUCUUCUCAAGAUCCGUACUAAAAAUAUUCAAAAAAACACACAGAUCAAUAAGUUUCGAGAACUCGCGACUUACUGUGAUGUCUUACUCAUUCAAGAAACUGAUUUUAAUUCAAAACAACCAGCCAACUCCCAGAACAGGCGGGGAGCCAGGAGGGGAGCAAGACGGGCAAUGCAACAACAACCCCCAAACUACUCUCAGGAUCCCACCCCAGAUUGGAUUACCUCAUUACAAAAACAAUUGAACCAAGCAAAUCAAGAGCUAAUCUAUACAGAUACAUUAGCUCGCUCGGGAAUCAUACUUAAUUUUCAACACCAACACUUUGAAAAGAUUUCGUCUAAUAACCUCCAGCUCGACUCUGAAAUCGCGCGGUAUGCGACCGACGUAAUCAUUCAACUCAAAGAAACAAAAGAAUAUAUCUUAGUUAUCUCAGUGUACGGACCGAGUGGGAAUCAUCGUUCUCAAGAGCAAUUAUUCCACUCUCUUUAUACUCUGAUUAACACACUCAUCACAAAUUUCGAAAUUGACAAUAACAAUCACAAGCUCCACCUCUGUAUAGGGGGAGACUUCAAUAUGAUACAAAAUCCAGAACUAGAUUCUACUGCAAGAGAAAGCUCCAGUCGAGAGCACGCCUCCCGACAAGCCUUCAACUCUCUUUGCAACGAAUUUCAACUACAUGACUCUCUUAGAGGAUUAGAACCGACUAUCAAGGUACCCACAAAUACCAACACAAAUAAUUGCAGAAGACUCG